AUGAAAUCUUCACAGGAGAUAUUGUCUCAGCGGGCUGAGGAGCAACUUUCUUUAACAAAGGAACCACAUAAACGAUCUCAGCCACGUUUUGACGUUGAAGUUGUGCCGGCGAUUACGUUAGAGAUCGAAUCUAUGAGUAUUAACGUUGACGAUGAACGGCCCUACAUCGUAAACACGUUUUCUGUGCCCAUCACUCGUCCUGAGCUCGUCGUGGAUAAGCCGGUUGACGGCGAAAGCCGUUCGCUUUUCAAAGUGUGGUCGAAGAACUGGCGUCUGCCACCGAUUCGUCGUGGAACAAUCUCCCGUCAUUUCUAUACCAACACUGAAGAAUCGACGGAGAAAUCGUCGUCGUGUUUCACUCGAAUCAAACAAAGAGCACUACUUGAUUACGAGCAACAAACUAUAUCUGGUGUCGAUGUGCAAAUAUGCUUACAUACUUGCCUUCACAUAAGCUCAUUCUAUUGUGCUAGCGUGAACUACGACAAACUGAGACAUGCAAUUGAUUCUGCUACCUUUAAGAUGUGCACUUUGAACGGUGGAAGCGUAUAUUUCAACAACGCUGAACUCAAGAAUUCAACAUCUGAUUACUAUGAGAACGAGUGCAAUCAAGUUCGAAAUUCGCAACGAACAGUGAGUAGCACAGCGACGUUCGGAUCCAUAGCGACAUUGCCGACCCGAUGUUUCGAGAUAAUGACCAACUCAGUGCUACUCAGUUUUGAUGGAAAACUUGUGGAGAACGCCGCUUCGUUAGAGGAAUGUCAAGCUGCAUGUAUUCUGAGUGAUCGACAAUGUGGUGCAUUAAAUUGGAUACCAAACAGAAAAGGUUGUAUGCUGUUCGGCAUCGGAUACGAUAUGAAAUCCGUUGUGUUCAGUUCGAAUGCACAGUUUUUGAUUCAUAAAUGUGCAGGACGUAAGGAGCCCUUCAAGGUUCAGCAGAAGGGAGAUUACUACGACGAACGUUACGAAUCUUCAUAA